UAAAAUUCCGGAAAACCCACCUCACCUCACUUUCUCUUUUUUCUGUCACUCGCCCUUUCUGUUUUUUCUCUCUAUCGCAGAAAAAAAGGGGGGAAAAAGGAAAAGCAAAUAAAAUAGAGAAAAACCCUAAUCUUGUCGUCCCGUCGUGAAACAACCUCUACUUCCAAAUCGGGUUCCAUAGGAACGGUUUUAUGGCCUCAAUAGAGUGAAGCGAGGUGAGUGGCGCUAUUCUGUGGAAGAUCAGGACCAAGAGACGGAACCAACAAUGGCGUCUACGGAUAAAGAAUUGGAAGAGAAGCUUCUCGAAGCCGGUAACAAGCUCCUAGAUCCUCCCUCGUCGCUCGAGGAACUCCUCCCACUCCUAGACCGAGUUGAGAGUUGCCUAUCAAGGGUUGAUCAGUCACCUCCUGACUCUAUGCAAAAUGCACUCUCUCCAUCAUUGAAAGCAUUGAUUGCUGCCAAACUUUUAAGGCACACAGAUGAUGAUGUCAAAGUUGCAGUUGCCUCUUGCAUUAGUGAAAUAACAAGAAUCACUGCACCUGAAGCUCCUUAUGAUGAUGAUCAAAUGAAGGAGGUCUUCCAAUUGAUAGUAUCUUCAUUUGAAAAUCUACAUGAUGAGGCAAGCCGAUCAUAUGCAAAGAGGACCUCAAUUCUUGAAACUGUUGCAAAAGUCAGAUCAUGUGUGGUAAUGCUGGACCUUGAAUGUGAUGCCCUGAUUUUGGAGAUGUUUCAGCAUUUCUUGAAAACAAUAAGGGGACAUCAUCCAGAACUUGUUUUUACAUCCAUGGAAACAAUUAUGACCCUUGUUCUAGAAGAAAGUGAAGAUAUAUCCAUAGACUUGCUGUCUCCACUCCUGGCCAGCAUUAAGAAAGACAAUGAGGAAGUUUCUCCAAUUGCCCAAAAAUUGGGGGAGAGGGUCCUUGAAAGUUGUGCAACCAAGCUUAAACCCUACUUGGUUCAAGCAGUGAAAUCUUUGGGUUUAUCUCUAGAUGAUUAUAGUGCGGUACUUGCUUCAAUAUGCCAAGAUAUGUCUGAUGACUUGGAGAAAAAUGAUACAUGUGUUACUAGUGAGCAUGUGGAAGAUAAGAGUGAGUCAGCAAAACAAUCUCUUGAAGAGUCAACACAUGUCGAUAAAAAGGAUUCAAGGGAGGUUACAUCUUCUCAACAAGAUAAUCCUGAUGCGAAUACAUCUCCAAAGUCGGUCAUGAGCAAUGGUGUUGCAUGUGUUGGAGAAGAUAAUGCUUUAGCUGAUUCCAAGUCCAUCAAAAAGAAAGAGGAAGGUCAUGAGGUGCUUAAUGAUGUGAAUACUGUAAAAGUUGACAAUAGUCAGCAAAAGCCAGAACAGGCUUCCAAGAGACGACGAAAGAAAACAAGCUCUUCGACAAAAUUGGCAAAACCUUCCAAGGUUCAAGUUGCUGCUAAGGAGAAAGAAGCUGAGAAAAUGGUCGACUAUGAAAGCAACAGUAAGAAAGUUCCCAGUUCCCCUCCUGAGGACCAUUCUGUUGAAGCAGCAGGACCUUCACAGAAUGACAAAGAAAUUGAUGAUAAGAUUUCAUCACCAAAGGCAUGCAAUGAUGAAUCUGAAAUUGUUCCUUCUCCACCAAGGGAGAGCCUGUAUGAAGAAAAUAAUUUGAAGAGAGUUGGACGGGCAAAAAAGAAAGAUGGCCCUGUAAAAGAAGAGACUGCCGAGGAUGUUUCAAAGGUGUCGGGAGGAGUUGGUGAUUCUGAAGCCAAACCUGCCCGGAGGUCAGCGAAAAAGGCCCUUGUUCAAAACUCUGAUGUGAAAAAAAAUAGUGUGGUAGAUUCAGUAAAAAAAGGAAGCGGUGCUACAAAUGAUGCAGAUGCUAAAAAACAUUCAGCCAAGAAAUUAGAUGAAAACAAAAAGGGCAGUUGCGGAUCCUCUUCAAGACAGGUAGAUAACAAGAAAAAGGGAGCGCGGGGGAAAGCUAAUUCUGAAACAGAUGUAGCAAAAUCAUCUGCUAUAGAUGUAGACAAGGAAAUGGUUUCUUCUCCAAGAUCUGGUACAAAAUCAACUAAAGAUGAAAAUUCAGAGGAGAUUCCCAAGACAAAUGUGAAAAGGAAACGCACUUCUGGAAAAGAUAAUGGGUCUGAUAUGAAGGAAUAUGGUGAAAACCUUGUUGGUUUGCGGGUCAAAGUUUGGUGGCCUAAGGAUCGGGAGUUUUACAAAGGUGCUAUUCAUUCUUUUGAUUCUGCCAAAAAAAAGCACAAGGUCUUGUAUGAUGAUGGUGAUCAAGAAAUAUUAAAUCUUAUGAAAGAAAAAUGGAAAGUCAUUGAAGCUGACUCAGAUGCCGAUGGGGAAGAAGAAAGUGAUCGAGCAAGCCUUGAUGCUUCCACUGACAUGGCACCAAAGAAGAAAGGGAAAACUAGUGCUGGAGAAUCAACCAAGCAAGGAAAAAUGGAUGGUCCUUCCAGAAGCAGUGGAGCAGCAGCAGCAUCCAGUAGAUCAAAGGGUGUAUCCAUGAAGUCUAACCAGAAGUCCAAAGAUGGCAACAAAUCCAAAGAUUCCAAGACCAAUACCAAAUCAGAGGAAGAAGUUAGUAGAAAAUCUAAGGACAGCACUCCUAAAAGUGGUAGCAGUAAAUCUAUUGUUGCUGCUAAAAAAAUGAGUAAUAAGUCCAAGAACAUUGAUACUUCCAAGUCAGACGAAUCAAAGGAUGAUGACACUAGCACGCCAAAACCCUCUGCGAAGUCUAAGCAAGAAACUGCUAAAAGUGGAAAAUCCAAGCUAGAAACCCCAAAGACUGCCAUUUCCAAAGGAAAACCUCCCAAAAGUGGUGGAAAGACUGAUGUUAAUGGUACUGGCAAGGUGAAAUCUGGUUUAAUGAAGAGAAAAGAUCCCGAGAAUGAUAACUCCGAUGUUUCAGCAGAUGUAGAAGAGGUCAAGGGCAAGACUUCAGGUUCAUCAAAGGCAAAAGGAAGUGAGGCCAAGAGUGGAAAGAAGCGUCGGAGAAGCUAGAAGUGGGUAUUUAUUCUUGCUGUUUAUUCCUCUUAACUGCGUGCUUGUCUUCUGCAUGUCAGUUCUUACGCACAGCAAUUAAUUUUUUCUUCCUAUGGCUGGAGUAAUCAAAAGAAUUUAAGCCCUGUAUCGCGUAGCUGUUCAUCGUUUGUGGUAAUUAUCUUCUUGUUGCUAGCAUGGUUAUAGUUAGGUUAGUUUAGUUGUAGUAUGGGUUAGUAUCAUCUCCAUUGUUUCUAGAGUCUAGACUAGAUGGAUGUCUUUUGAAGGCAACACCUGAAAAUAUUUGGCUAGCAACCUUCAUUUAAAGAAUGCUUUUUUGGCACUCCCUGAUGUUACUAAGUACUACCCAAUUAACGUUUUUGCGUUGCUCAGUGCUGAGCUGUGGUUGUUGUUUUGUUGAGACAAUACCUACAAGCAUAAUUGACGUGCUGGAAUGGAAGCUAUUCAAGUUGGUCUGUUGGGAGACACUAAGUGGAACGUAAUCUUUGUACGGUUUAUUUGGUUUCCAUUAGCCAGUGCAUGAAUCCACAAACAUCCUGCGUUGGAUAUGAACAUCACUACCAAACUAAGCUGGAAAAUUUGUACUGUACUGAAGAGUUAAAAUAUCCCUUCAGACGCAUGUGGCUAAAUUUAUUGAUAUUUCUAAGAUAUCGCGUUAUGAGAAAA